AUGGCGCCUGAACUCUCGUCGAACUGGAAACAGCUGCAGGCCAAGAUCAAGCAACAAUCGACCAAGUCUACAGGCCAGAAAAGGAAGGCUGAUGACGGAGCGGUAGCCGGAGCCUCACAACAAUCCUCGAAGAAGCUCAAAGGCAGUGAUUCAGGGCCCAAGCCGAAAACAAAGCCCGUCACUUCCAGGGCUAGCAACUCAAAAGAAUCUAAGAGGUCAAGCAUGGGUGCCUCGCAGUCUCAGCCUGGAAUAUCCGCAUCCCUCGCACUUUGGGCCGAAGACAACGACAUAUCGCCAGAGGCCGUCUCAGACGCGUACGGCCUGGGUGCCAAGGACAACUCGUUACUUACCGCGUCAGCUGUCCGGCCGAACGAGGGCCUCACCUGCGACAUAGAGGUUGGCAAGUACAUUGCCAUCGACUGUGAGAUGGUCGGCAUUGGAGAAGGAGGCUACGGACAUGCUUUGGCCAGAGUCAGUAUCGUUGACUUCCACGGACGUCAAGUUUACGACUCGUACGUUCGCCCUCAGGAACGAGUGGUGGACUGGAGGACAAGGAUCAGUGGCAUAGCCCCAAAGCACAUGGCGACAGCUAGAGACUUCGCAGAUGUCCAGGCCCAAGUAGGGCACCUUCUUCAUGGCCGGAUUCUCGUUGGCCAUGAUCUCAAGCACGAUCUAGACGUCUUGAUACUUGAUCACCCACGGAAAGACAUCCGAGACACGGCCAAAUUCUCCGGGUUCAAGAAGUAUGGUCACGGACCCAAGCCAGCUUUGCGAGUCCUGGCCAGGGAGAUAUUGGGUGUCGAAAUCCAGACAGGUCAGCAUUCCAGUAUCGAAGAUGCUAGAGUCGCCAUGUUGUUGUUCAGGAGAUACAAGCCGGCUUUCGACGUGGAGCAUGCCAGCCGGUACCCCGAGUUUGUCCCGAAGACAAUCGAAUCCAAGCCCAAGGCAAAGCCGAAAAAGACAAAGAAGAAGCGACGGAAUUGA